GUAAUGGAGGAUGUCUGCCCCAAAUUCAAUCUCGUAAAUGGCUGCACUUGUUUCUUUAUCACUACAAACAAGAAGCCUCUUCUCUUCUUGUUGUAGAAAUAUAGCAUUUACAUAAUUGCAGUACGGUGGUCAAUUGCAGAAAACGAUACAUGUAUUAAUUAAGAGAGAGAGAGAGAGAGAGAGAAUGUUGGAGGCAUGGAAGCAAAGCAAAGGCCGAGAAUGGCGGCAAAACAAAUCGCUAAAUUCCAAGGCCCAAGCCCGUACCCGUUUUGGCAACCCGACACGCGCGCACCACCACACCCCCAAAAAAUUCUCCUCAUAUUAUAUAAUCCUCAUUCCUGCUUAACCUUCUUCCUUCACUCUUGAUCAUGUUGUUGUUCGAUUUCACGUGAGCCUAGAAAAAGGAUUACGAAAGGGAGUUAUUCUGUUGGAAGAGGAAUGGAUAGUGUUUUAGACACGAAAACAUCAUUAAACACUGAUUUCCUUGGUUGGAUGAAGAGCACUGCUACUGGAUCCAACAUUUCUCAUCAUCCCCACCCUCCAUUUAGUCUUGGAGAUGCUCAUGAUGAUGGCACCACUCCUGCAGGUGGAGGAGUGGCGGCGGGUUUUCCAUUCACAGGUGCACAAUGGCAAGAACUGGAGAGACAAGCUAUGAUCUACAAAUGCAUGAUUUCCUGUGUUCCUGUGCCGCCUCAUCUUCUCUUUCCUCUCGAUUCCUCAUUCCCCUGCGGUCGAUACAGCAGAAAAGGAGAUCCGGAGCCCGGGCGGUGCAAGAGGACAGACGGGAAGAAAUGGCGGUGCUCGCGAGAGGUGGCGCCGCAGCAGAAAUACUGCGAGCGCCACCUCCACCGAGGCCGCCCUCGUUCAAGAAAGCCUGUGGAACCCAACAAGAAAACUCGUGUUGAACACACCAAAACGCCUCCAAAAACAGACUACAAGGAAACCAAUAGCUCGAAGCAGCCGUGGAUGGGACCGUUGCAGGAGGACCUGAAUUUGCUCUCUUAUAGUUAUCCGGAAAUGGAUGUAGCAGGCGGAUUCAUCGACGAGAGAGAUGUGUCCCUGGAUCUAUCAAUGGCGAUGGCGGUAGGGAAGCAAAUCGAUGAUGAUUUUGAUGCGGCUAAAUGGCUGAGCCCUGUUUCGUGGGAACGAGGAGGGCCGCUCGCCGAAGCGCUGAGUCCGGCUACAACUGUCUCGUCGCCGUCCGGCGUUCUGCACCGGACUUUGUUCUCGCAUUCCGACGGCAGUGUCUGCAACAGCCCCACUGCCACCUUUUGGCUCUAAUUCUAAUUUCUGCAUUUCCAAUUCCUUGCUUCUCUUAUCUUCAAUGUACAACACCUGUUUCUUCAUAUUUUGUGGUCUCUCUCCACAAAAUAUCUUCUUUGCUUUUCAACAGACAAUAAUGGUCGACUCCAUUGCCAAUUUAGUUUUUUUUUUCCUCGCCUUAUUUCUAUUUCUACUGUUUUUUAACCUAUUAAGAAGUGAAAUUCUUUUAUAUUCA